AUGAAUGAAAGGAAAGCUACAAUGUUGAAUACAUCUGAGUAUGAAUCUAUGACAUGGUUUCUUCGCAUGAUAAAAGACUGGAUUGGUUUUGAUUGCUUGGAGGACUUUGUGAACUCUGUACUUCAGCCUCUGUUGCUAUUACUAGUACUUUUUCUGCUUAUAUAUUAUGUACCUUCAGGUAUUGUUUUAGUUUGCUAUACAUGCACAUUUUGUUUAUAUAUUUGGAAGAAAAAAUAUAAUAUAAAAGAAGACGCUUACAAUGAGUUACGGGAUAAACCAAGGCAAAGCAUGGCAUAUUUGGUGAAUUUAUACGGAAAGAUAUGGCAUGGUUAUGAGAUCAUUGGUAUGGAGAAUCUACCACAAGGACCAGGACUGAUUGUUUAUUACCAUGGAGCAGUAGUUUUUGACUAUGUCCUCUUUAUAGCUAAAAUCUAUGAAAAGACUGGGAGAAUAAUCAAAUCUGUGAUUCAUUGUAUCUUUUAUUUAGUACCAGUAUUUACAGGUAUAAAACCAUGUCUUGAUAUAGUAGGUUGCAUUGAAGGCAAGAAAGCAUUCUGUGUUGACAUUCUGAAGAGAGGCUACUUGCUAGGAAUAGCACCUGGUGGAUUGAGAGAGCAGAAUUUUAGUGAUGAAAAUUACAGUCUGGAGUGGAGUACCCGUACAGGAUUUGCUGAUGUAGCUUUAAAAAGCAAAGUGCCAAUCAUUCCUAUGUUUACACAAAACCUUCGUGAAGCAUACAGGACAGCUGGAAACACAUGGUUUUCAAAAUGGCUGUUUGAACACUUUCGAUUUCUUGUCCUCCCAAUAUAUGGCGGGUUUCCCGUCAAACUCCGCACCUACAUUGGAGAACCCAUCCCAUAUGACCCAAACCUAACUGCUAAGGAACUGGCUGAAAAAACGAAAAUUGCAAUUGAAAAUCUCCGUGACAGACACCAGAAACUACCUGGAAAUAUAUUAAGAAGUUUAUUGGAGCGAUUUGAUAAAAACAAGAAAGACGCCUAAUCUUUUUAAAU